UCAUUCAUUUUUCUUGGGAACUUCGGCAGGUGCACGUUUAAACCCGCACUCCUGAGGCAAGAAGCAGCACGACAAAGCCCUUCGCGCAAAAGACUUCCUACUGUAAUGAUCUUCAAACGGCUGAUUUGAAAGCACAAAACAGGGCUAUUUUAUGGUUAGAAGACUGCUAUGAGGUGCUGCUACGUGGUGCUGACUUUUUCCGUGUGUACUCUUCACUGAUAUCAUUAUGGCCACAGCCAAAAAGGGCUCCGUGAAGGCAGGGGGGGUGCGUUUUUCGGAAGAGGCCACUGCCCACUCUCAUGUGCACUUUGACGAAAAACUGCACGACUCCGUCGUCAUGGUGAUUCCGGAGUCAGAUGGAAACUUUCUGGUUAAGGUCGGCUUCUUGAAAACCCAGCACAAGUACGAGAUCGUUUUCACCUUGCCCGAGGUCCCGGCCCUGGGGGCGGACGUGUGUCCCGCUCCUGUCCCGAACCCCCACCUUCGAGUCACAAACAUCGCCCCCGAUCCCGAAGGUGGUCUGAAGGUGACGUGCGAGUACAUGGCCCACCAGGAGGGGGUGCUGUGUGAGGAGACCCUGUUGGUCAGUGAAAGCAAAGAAGAUGCCUCUGUUAAAGUCAAAGUACAUGCUCGAGUUAUGGAUCGUCACCAUGGAACGCCCAUGCUGUUGGAGGGAGUCCGAUGCAUUGGGGCAGAACAUGAGUACGACUCGGAGCAGAGUGAUUGGCAGGGAUUUGACUAGGCUAACGAUGUGGUCCACCAUCUAAGAGAGAGAGAGAGAGAGAGCGAGCGAGAGAGAGAGAGACACUCCGGACAGUGCUACUGCCACAAAGCCUUGUCUGGAGAUUGUACGGAUUACCUUCUCUGGAAUUCUGCUGAUUAUUCCACUUUGAAUUCCGUUGACUAUUUCUUUUGGAAUUCCGGGGAUUUCUCCAUUUGGAAUUUUAU